AUGGUUUGGAAGUUCAUAAUACUCUUGGUGUUAGCUGUUGACUGCUUCGGUCACGAACCCGCGGUAUCACAUCAGAGCGUUGUACUUUACAGCGGUCACCAUGGAGCACUGUCACACUUCGGACACCAUGCACCAGAACACCAUGAGGAAUAUGCCUGGUCAUAUCCGUUAUAUGACUUCUCGUACAAAGUCGAAGAUCCACAUACAAACGACUACAAGGGACAACAAGAAACCAGAGACGGAGACAAGGUCAAAGGGAUGUACUGGUUGAUUCAACCUGACGGUCUCAAACGAACGGUCAAAUACUACGUUGACAAAGACAGUGGAUUUCAAGCUGAAGUGGAAUAUUCAGACCCAUAUCAUCACACGCCUGAACAUUUCGAAGGCCAUCAUCCAUCAUCUGUGGUAUACAACGUGGUCGAACAUCAUCCUCCUCAUCAUCAUCACGAAAAUGAUUAUGAUAAACAUCAUUAUUAUCAUAUUUUCACAUUGUUCGGUGUGGCAUUAGCGGUGUCGGGUCACGACCAUCCCGCGGUCUCUGAAUACAAAGUGUAUAUCCACCAUCCGGUACAUCAUGGCCACCACGGCAAGCUCUCACAUGUCGGAUCUCACGUCCCGGAGCAUCAUGAAGAAUACGCCAAGUCGUAUCCGUCAUACGAGUACUCGUAUCAAGUUGAUGAUCCCCACACACAUGAUCAUAAAGGCCAAGAGGAAACCAGGCACGGCGACGAAGUGAAGGGCAUGUACUGGCUCAUCCAGCCCGAUGGCCUUAAACGCACUGUCAAGUAUCACGCAGAUAAACACAGCGGAUUUAAAGCCCACGUUGAGUAUUCGGACCCAAAUCAUCAUGAUCACCACGAUGAACAUAAAGAACAUCACCUUCCUGUGUCGAAGCAAUAUGUCUCUAUUCAUCAUGACCCCUACCACCAUGAAGAUAAGCAUGAGGAGCACCAUGAAGAACACCACGAAGAAGAACACCAUGAGCCGGAUCAUCAUGAAGAAGAACACCAUGAGCCUGAACAUUAUGAACAUGAACACCACGAGCCAGAACAUCAUGAUCAUGGCGACCAUAAUGUUGUACACUAUGAAGUGAAACACUAUGUACACCACGAGCCGCAUCAUCAUGACCAUGAACAUGAUCAUCAUGAACAUCAUGAACACCAUGAAGAAGAACACCAUGAACCGAAACAUCAUGAAGAAGAACACCAUGAACCGGAACAUCAUGAACAUGAGCACCAUGAGCCGGAACAUGAUGAUCAUGACCAUCAUGAACCAGCACACUAUGAGAUUAAAUACUACGUACACCACGACCCGCAUCACCACGGUCAUGAUCAUCAUGAAGAUGAACAUCAUGAACAUGAACACCAUGAACAUGAACACCAUGAACAUGAACACCAUGAACAUGAACACCAUGAACAUGAACACCAUGAACAUGAACACCAUGAACAUGAACACCAUGAAAUUGAACAUCACGAAGCGGAACACUACAAACCUGACCACCACGAUCAUGAAUACUUUGUUCACGAAUAUCAUCAUGAACCCGUGCACAAACAUCGUGUUAUUGAAUAUUACGACAAGAGUCAUGACCAUUACAAACACCACGGUCAUCAUCAUGAUAACGGACAUCGUGUUCAUCACAAACAUCAUAUACAAGUACAUCAUCACAAACCUCAUCAUCAUGAUGAACAUCACCAUCAUGGUUCCCAUGAUCACGGAUAUUAUGGUCAUACACAUUGA